AGCCUCCGCGGAGGCACUUCCUAUCCUCACUGUCCAGCCUGCUCCCUCCGCCCCCCCUCCCCGGGGGCCGAAGGCUCCGGCUCUAGCCAGGCGGCCAGAGACCAGGUAGGAUUUCCGGGAGAAAGUGCUGUGGAGCCCGCGGAGGCAGCGGCGACUUGGACACUCUUCCCCGCCUCCCUACUCUGGUUAAUAGUGGCAUGGAAGAUCCAUUUGAAGAAGCAGAGCAACCCUCUGGAGACCCAGACACGGUCAUGGGCAGUGUGGAAGCAGGAGACACAACACCUCCUACCAAAAGAAAAAGCAAGUUCUCAGGUUUUGGCAAGAUCUUCAAGCCAUGGAAAUGGAGGAAAAAAAAAAGUAGUGAUAAAUUUAAAGAGACGUCAGAAGUUUUAGAGCGAAAAAUAUCUAUGCGAAAACCAAGAGAAGAGCUGGUUAAAAGAGGGGUUCUGUUGGAAGACCCUGAGCAGGGUUAUGAGGAUGCAGGAAAACUGAGCCAUGCCACAUUAAAGAAUGGCCACACCACCCCCAUAGGAAGUGCCAGGUCGUCUAGUCCAGUCCUAGUGGAAGAAGAGCCAGUGAGAGUAUCAAGUCUUCGAAAUCUUAUUCCAGAAGAGGAUCCAAAGAAGAGACUAGGCUCAACCGGAAGCCAGCCCAACUCUGAAGCUGAAUCUGCUCCUGAGCAAGCACCUAAGCAGCCUUUGGUCCCUCCAAGCAGAUCCUCGUCCUCUUCUUCCGAAGCAAGUGAAGGGCAAGCAAAGGAUGCCAUGUCUGGCAGUGCAGCGAGGUCCCUGUCCUCCAUUUCUGGCUCUACCACCACCAUACCUGCUGUCACCACUGCUGCCACACACAUGACAAAGACUGCUAAUUCCUUUGUCACCCCUACCCCAGCCCCCAGGACUCUGCCUGCUGCUCUUGCCAGCACUAACACUACUGUCACUCAUACAGCCCCUCCCAAGCAACCCCCAAUCCCACCCCCUAAACCAGCUCACAGAAACAGCAACCCUGUCAUUGCUGAACUGUCCCAAGCAAUGAACAGUGGUACACUGUUGCCGAAACCGUCCCCACCCUUACCACCCAAGAGAGGCAUUCCGUCAGCCUUGGGACCCACCUCAGAGCCUGCUGCUUCACCCACAACAAAAACAGCAAGUGAUCAAAGAGAAAAAACUGUCUCUAUGUGGGAACCACCGCUGAUGAUCCCGCCAUCCUCCCCAUCACCCCCGCUGCCUACCCACAUACCUCCAGAGCCACCACGGUCCCCAUCGUUCCCUGCUAAGACUUUUCAAAUUGUGUCAGAAGUUGAAUUUUCCCCUCCUUUAGAUCUAUCCCAGGACCUUUCCCAGCAGGAAGAUCAGAAAAAGGAAGUCCCCAAGAAGAUACAGGACCAGAGUUUUGGGGAACCCCAUAUACCCUCCAGGCUGCCCCCACUCCCACUGCAUAUCCGAAUUCAGCAGGCCCUUACUAGCCCCCUUCCCGUGACUCCUCCCUUGGAAGGCGCUCACAGAGCUCAUUCCCUGCUGUUUGAGAACAGUAACAGCUUCUCUGAGGACAGUGGUACCCUGGGGCGGACCAGGUCACUCCCCAUCACGAUUGAGAUGCUUAAAGUUCCAGAUGAUGAUGAAGAAGAGCAGACCUGCCCAUUGGCAUUUGCUGAAGAUAUGACACCUACCUCUGGCACUCCUAAACUACCACCGUGUCUGCAAGAGGAAGGGAAGGAGAGUGACUCCGAUUCAGAGGGCCCCAUUCAGUAUCGAGAUGAAGAAGAUGAAGAUGAUGAAGAUGAAAGCCAUCAGAGUGCUCUGGCCAACAGAGUGAAGAGGAAAGACACACUGGCAAUGAAGCUGAGCAGCAGACCCAGUGAACCAGAGUUGAACCUGAAUUCCUGGCCUCGUAAAAGCAAGGAGGAGUGGAAUGAAAUACGGCACCAGAUCGGGAACACGCUGAUCCGGCGACUGAGUCAAAGACCGACUGCAGAGGAGCUGGAGCAACGGAACAUACUACAGCCUAAAAAUGAAGCUGACCGGCAAGCAGAGAAGCGGGAGAUUAAACGUCGGCUCACUAGAAAGCUCAGUCAAAGGCCGACUGUGGCUGAACUACUUGCCAGGAAGAUCCUGCGGUUUAAUGAGUAUGUGGAGGUUACAGAUGCUCAGGAUUAUGACCGGCGAGCAGAUAAGCCGUGGACCAAACUGACUCCUGCUGACAAGGCUGCCAUAAGAAAAGAAUUAAAUGAAUUUAAAAGCUCAGAGAUGGAGGUUCAUGAAGACAGCAAACAUUUUACACGCUACCAUCGCCCGUGAUGUUGAUCGUGAAAAGGGGACUAAAGGACCAUGAGAAAGCAGAGCUGUUGUGUUGCUUGUCUCCAGGGCAACCAUAGCACUUCCCACACCACAGCCAGAGCUGCUCUGGGAUCUGGUUCAGAGCUGAACAGCACUUCUGUGAAUGUAGCCUUCCACUGUAACGGAUUCUCCUGGGCUGCCAUUGGAGAGACAUGAGACAGCUGAUGCUUUUGAACCUCCUCGCAACACUGCAGCCGACUUGAGGGCUUUCCUCUCGCCAGCCACCUGAGCUCGGGCCCUUGAAGGCUCCAGUUUUACUGGCGGCAGCACACCCUGUCCCGAGACUACUGCCUGUGCCGAGGCAGUUUGUGCCAUUAGCCUUAACCGCCUCCCUGUUUGUGUGACCCACUCAUGUAGGCGUUAAUCCUCUUGCCAGAACAACCCUGGAGGCUCUACCGUGCUAUCUAGCAAAUGGGCCCCCAUUCCUGAAUGCUUAGACCUCCCUGGUGUGGCAGUCGAAAGAUUACACUGUCCCUUCUAGAUGACCAGUGAGGCCCCCAGGAAGCUUGGUGUCUGAGCUGUCCCUCCUUUGACACCUGUCAUCCCAGCUCCUUUGUUUAGAGGCAAGAUCUGAAACUGGCUCAGGCUAGCCUGUACCUCGCUGCAUAGGCCAGGCUGGCCUCAAACAUUGUCUCAGCCUCUCAGGUGCUGGGACUACAAGCAUGAACCAUCAUGCUUGGCUCUCAUCCUGGUCCUUAUUUUAAAGUUAUCCUAAAGAAAUGAUGGAAAUCUAUUUGUUAAACAGUCUGAACUUUAUUCAAGCUGUUCAAUGAGAGUGUCAAGUAUAGUUCCUAUACAAACCAAGAAAAAGGCCUUAAUAUUAAUGCCAGUUUGGCAGAGCCUGACUCAUGGGUUAGACUCCUUAGACUAAGUAUACAUUCCUUGUACCAAAUGAUAUCGUUAGUCACUUCAGCCAGUGGGUGGGGGCACUGUGUGCUGCUGUCCCUCUGUACUGCACAGUGCCUCUUUACUCCAGUAGCCGCUGCUUCUCUCCGGCAGCCUUCACCUCACUUGCCUUGUCCAUGCUGUAGCCAGUGUGGUUGGCGCCUCAGUUUUUAGAUCAGGCCCUCCCCAUUUGUAUUUGUGAUAUAAAUGUGAUUUCCCAAAGCGAAUCUGGUCUGUGCCUCAGAGUUUUCUCUUGAAGCCCAUACGGCCUCACCUCUCCCUCCCAAUUGCUCUUCACGUUCUAGGUGGAAAAGAAACACAUCCCAGUUCUUCUUCUCUCUUCUUUUAUUUUAUUUUUUUUUUAUUUUUUGUUUUGUUUUGGUUUUUCGAGACAGGGUUUCUCUG